AUGAAGAAAAGCUUUGCCGUUGCCGCGGCAGCUCUCGUCGCUGUCGAGGCCCGGAACCUCGCCCGGAUGGAAGCACAGCCUACAGUGCCGGCCAUCUUCGCCCUCGACGGCUUCUCACCAGCGCCCACCACGCCGCCGGCAGCGGAACUGGUCGCGGCCCGGGCAGAGACCAGCUCGCCCGUCCUCCAGUACAACUCCGGAAACACCUGCGGCUACGUGUCCGGCGUCUCCAGCGCGUCGUACUACUGCAUCAACAGGGGCGACUACUGCGCCCUUAGCACCUCGGCGAACGGCAAUCCCGGGCGCAUUGCUUGCUGCGGUGCCACCCAGUGCAACUUCCGAACGAGUUGUGUCAACUCGGCCGACAUCUACACGUCAAAACUCUGCAACCAGGCGUGUAUCGAUAACACAUACAUUGUCAAGUGCGCCGAGUCCGAUUACCCUUACUGCAAUACCGUUUCCUUUCGGGGGGGUGCCAUUGACUAUGCGUGCGGUGUCAACGAUAUCCGGACAUUCCAGCUCCUGGAGACGAGCUACUCCGGCCAGCUCAACCCCCAGACGUACACAGAUUACACUGUGACGGGGACGUCGGCUUCGCGCCCCUCGGGAUCGGCCACCGGAGCGCCGCCGCGGAGUUCGAGCAGCAGCAGCAGCAGCAGCACCGCACCCAGCAGCACCGGCACCGUGCAGCCGACCGGCGACCAAUCUAGCAAGAGCAGCACCCCGGUCGGCGCCAUCGUGGGCGGCGUGGUCGGUGGCGUUGGAGCGCUCGCUCUCAUCGGCAUCGGCAUUCUGCUCUUCCUGCGCAACAAGAAGAAGAACAGCGGCCAGCAGAGCCCGCCACCGCCUCUCAUGAGCCAGCCCCAGCAGCCCGGCGGGCCCCCUCCUUCGCAAGCGCACUACUCCUACCAGGACACCACCGGCGCAGGCUACGCGACGUCGCCGAGCGCGGCCGGAACGUACUACCCCCCGCCGCAGCAGGGCUCGCCCAGCCCCAACUAUCCCUACAGCCAGCCCUCGGUCAGCCCUGCCACGAGCUAUGCGCCGCAGCAGCCCGGACAGCAGGGCUACGGCCAGCAGCCCUACCAGCAGGCCGGGUCGCCGCCGCCGAUGCAGCAGCAGUACGCCGCGCCAGUGGCCGGCUCGCCGCCGCCGAUGCAGCAGCAAUACGGUGCGCCGGUGGCUGGCGCUGCUGUCGGCGCCGCGGCGGGAGCUGCUGUCCACAAAGAUGGCCCGCUCAAAACGGUCCAUGAGGCACCGACGGCCAACUCUGCCGGCCACCGUGGCGAGAUGCAGGAGCUGGAGUAG